UUCAUUAUCAAGUAUUAUUUAUUUGCACCUACUAGACAUGAGAACAAGGAAACUAAAUUCCUUUUAUCAGUUCUAAAUUACGCGUGGUUGGAGUGAGGUUACAGACGUUUAAAUUUAAAAUCGUUGAAUGAUACUAUUUCAAUUUACUUAAUACUUAAGAAAACUAAACAAAGUAUUCUCUGCAACUGCAACAUGGACCUUUCAAAACUGCGUGUUUUAAAAAGAUCAAGGAUAAUUCAUUUAUGUAUGGCAAUUACAUUUUUUACAUCAGGAGUGAUAGUGAAUAUUGUGCAGUGUAUUCUUUAUUUAAGUUUGAGACCAUUUAAUAAAUGGUUAUACCGAAAAAUUAACUGGUAUUUGUCCUAUACAAUUUAUUCACAAUUAGUAUGCCUAGGUGAUUGGUGGUCUCAAACAGAAAUAAUUAUGUAUGUAGAUAAAACCGUUUUUAAUAAAUAUUUUGGAAAAGAACAUGCCUACUUGGUCAUGAAUCACACAUACGAGAUAGAUUGGCUUAUAGGCUGGAUGAUAUGUGAAAGAAUACAUGUCUUAGGGAAUUGCAAAGCUUAUGCCAAGAAAGUCAUUCAGUAUAUACCAGUUUUGGGUUGGGCUUGGAAAUGCUCAGAAUUUGUAUUUCUGGAGAGAAAUUUUGAUAAAGAUAGGGAAGUUAUAAAUAAACAAAUUACCGAAUUGGCAGAACAUCCUGAUCCAAUAUGGCUACUACUCUUUCCCGAAGGUACUCGAUUUACCAAGAAAAAACAUGAAGCAUCCGUCGAAUUUGCAGCCAAACAUAAUUUACCACAACUAAAGUACCAUCUAUUGCCCAGGACAAAAGGGUUCAUUGCUAGUCUCCCAUCGAUGAAAGGCAAAGUUCCUGCCAUUUACAAUAUUGAAGUUGCGUUUAGAGAAGAUGCCCCCUAUAAACCAACAAUUACUACUAUGUUACUAGGAAAGCCGACAACCGCUCAUAUUUACUUCCAAAGAAUACCGCUGGAAGAAGUGCCUGAUAAUUCUGAAGAUCAGGAGUUAUUUUUAAGAAAUAUGUUUAUAGAGAAAGACAAAAUGAAGGAGAGUUUUAUCAACACAGGUGAUUUCUUUGCAACGUCAGGGGUAACUCGUGUGGAUUCGUUUGUAGUAAAACCGAGGCUGCAUUCUAUAUUCAAUUUCAUCUUCUGGAUAUUUAUUACUUUAGUUCCUAUGUCAUAUUACCUAAUGAAAUUAUUGUUUAGCGGCGAAUUAGUUUAUUUCUCUAUUGGAGCAGGAAUCCUUGGAGCAUUCUAUAUACUGAUGUGUAAAACCAUCGGUAUGUCCGAGAUUGAUAAAGGAUCCUCAUAUGGAGCUCUAGCUGAAACAACUCCUAAGAAGUCUAUGUAGACUUAACAUUCAACAUUAAAGUUUUCAGGACUCCCUGUGAUUAGUUUCCUUCUAUCUAGAGUAUCAGAUGAUUAGUUAGACUUUGUGCCAAUGCUCAUGAAAAACCUUUUUUCAGUUGUAAUAGCCUCGGAAAUUGUACAGGGCUAAAUGAAAGAGUUAACCUUGAUUAUUUAUUUUAAUUUAUAAUAAGUGUAGAUAUUUGUUUAAAAAAGCUGCUUAGAACUAAUUUCAUUAAAAUACAGAUUUUUAAAACUG